CUUCCCGUCGGUUGCGUCGCUCGCCCCCUCCGCCGUCUUCGGCUUUCGACUUCAUCUUCUUCUCGCCAUCGUCAACCACCAGCGCAUCUCCGAGACUACUCUGUGCCGCCGUGCAAGACAAUUCGGCGGUCACCUGCAGCGGCUGACCUGAACCAUGGAUAGGCACCGAGACUAGUCACAAUCAAGCCUGUGUCUGUUCCUUUUCUCCAGAUCCGCUGAGCCCCUCUCUCCAUCACCGCAUCAAUAUGAUUCUUGGAAAGUGGUGACCGCCUCGAACGAAGACACCUGCCCACUACACCACACCAACAGCAGUUAAAUACAGUCUCUAUAUAUCUUCAAUUUCCAAUUGCUUCCAACUCCCUCGAACAAUCCGCGCCGUGAUACCCAUCUCUUGUCCGAUCUUCAACAAUCAACAAACCAUCAAGUGGAACAGCAGGCCUCGGGCGAAUGGAAGACAACAAUAUCAACCCCUCUACACCAUAAUCAAGAAACCCCAAUCUGCCAAUGUCAUUCGAAAUGCCGCCACCGAAUACACCCGAAGAAGGAGUAGCAGCCCCUACGCUCUCCUCGCGAGCUGACGCACGCCGGAUUUUCGGCUCCGGGGUCCCCUCUACUAUCUACGGUUCUCCUGCCUCGUCCCCGGGCGGCUCCAGACGCAGCUCAGUUGCCGAUUACGGCCCGUAUCAAGUCCCUUCACGGGGUCAUACGCACCAUCAGUCUCAAUCUGGAAUCGACUACCAGGCGCUCGACUAUGCCCAACAGAUCGACGAGGCUUUGUUAUGUCCCAUCUGCCACACGCCCUUCUUCAUGCCCAUGACGACCAAGACGUGUGGUCACACCUUUUGCGCCUCGUGCCUCGACCGCGCUCUCGAGACCCAGCACGUAUGCCCUAUUGACCGCCGACCCCUCGACAUCAGCCGAGACAUUAGCCAGACCCGAACCCGCGUAAUACUCGACCAGCUCGACCGUCUCAAAGUCAAGUGUCCAAAUAGCGGCUGCGAUCAUGUUUGCUCGCGGGAGCUUCUAUACGCACACGUCGAACGUUAUUGCGGACAAACCCUUGUUCGCUGCCCCGACCAUCAUUGCGACGAGAUGAUCUGCCGGAAAGACGCGCGCCCCGAGAACGGGUGUCUCCAUUACGUUACGCCCUGUCCCUACUGCGAGAUGGCCAUUACUUUCAACGACCUCGAGAGGCACUACGACCAAGAGUGUACGGGACAAGAAGCCGAGUGCCCGCACUGCGACGCUGUCCUCGUCCGCCACCGUCUGGCCAAGCACAUUGCGACUGACUGCCGCGAGGUCGAAACACACUGCCAGUUCCGGAGCGCUGGGUGCAAACAGGUUGCGCGGAGGAAAGAUAUCGAGGAGCAUCUCAAGAACGGGUGCAUCUAUGAGGCGAUUGCGAAUCUCAUGCAGGCGCGGGAGGAAGACCACAAGAUUAUCAAUGAGUUGAAGGGACGACUAGACGCUCUAGACGGACGAACACGACAUCUGGAAAGAUAUGGUGGUGGUAGUGGUGGUGGUGGUGGUGCUGGCAGCAGUGGGGUACGGGAGUCAUCUGCAUUCACCAGAGCAGCGCCGCCAUCGUCAGGCCUAACCGCUGAUGCCCUCAACAACUUGAACCGUAUGCAGUCGGCCACGUCAGGCUACGCAGACAUCGACGAGGCCAAUCACAACAUCACGCUGGAUGACCUCUUUGAAACUUUCGACCAAGAAAACAACCACCACAAUGACAGCAACUACAGUAGCCCACAAGCGGCGGCGGCAGCGAUGGCGGCGGAUGCACCCCCGGCCCCGUGGGCACACAACAGUGGCGACGGGCCGUGGGAGUCACCAGAGGAUUACAUGCUUUCCCAGUUUGAGGCCAUGGAGGCCAAGAUUGAAGACUUGCGCAAGAUGAUGGUGGAGCUUGACGGGAGACACACAAUGAGGCUGGUCAAUGAUACGAUGAGGAUGAAUGAACAAAUCGCCGAGCUUGGGAGUAAAGUGGGAGUAUUAGGAAUGCAUACUACGUGGUUGAUGAGCAUGCAAAGGCAAAGUCGCGGACAGCAAAAUGGCUCUGGGUCAACGCCCGGGACUACGAGAUCAAAUAUUUCUGCUAGUGGUGGUGGCAGUGGUGGCGGCAGUGGCGGUACUGGUGGUAAUAACGAGGAGGGGAGAGGCAGGACGAAUGCGGCGGCGGCUGGUGCUUCCAACUCGUCAAGGACGGCUACACAGACACAGCAGAGUAGCAGAAAUGGUGAUGGAGAGAGUGCGAGAGGGAGGUAUCUCAAUACCAGUGAUAUCCCGCCGUUGAGGAGGAGUAGCGUGGGGAGGGGUGAGAAUCCACCUCGACUUUGAUGGAUGUUUGGGUUCGCCUUCCUGGGGCAGACACUGGGGUCAUAUAUUUCUGCUGCUGUGCCUCAGUGUCUGAGCCGUCCCGAACGGAAGUAACAGUGUCUGUUGGUUUUGGAAACAUACCAUAAUGGUCUGAAGGAGAAGAACGGGUAUGCAUAGGUUUUGUAUGUUGGCGUUUGGGAUGGAUCGGGAAAGCACUUGGAGGUUGUCUUAUUGCAACGUCGGGCCUUGGUCUAAAGCUUAGAUAGCCUAUAGACCAAAGAAUAUAGGAGACGAAUCAAACCUCUGUGUUGGAAUUUGGCACGCUUGAAAGAGCUAAUAGCAACUGAAAG